AAAAGUAAUGGCCAUCUAUUUGGGUCCUGAAGAAGGAGGGAUAAUUCUCGUCGGACUACCGUAGGUGUGAUUGAAUUUUCUUUAUGUUAGCGUGCACGUUCGCCCGACAGUGAUAACCGGUUGCGCCUUAACCGGUUUUUCCGUUGGAUGUCCGCUGCCCGUGGUCGCAGAACGGUUAAUAAGCUGGCUGAACUUGGAGCCGCGUUUUAGGGUUAAAGCAGCCAGCCAGCCACGCUAACGUUAGCCACUACCAGCGCUGCUGUGAGAGCCAGCGUCUGAAAAGGGCGUACGAGUUUGACGUUUUCUCCCCAAGUCUCCUCACAUUUCUGAGUUUGGUACAACGCCGUCCUCUCUCCUCAAAGCUAACCUGGCCCAGGCAACAUGGAGGGGGCACACUUUGCAAGAGCAUGAAGACGACGACGACGAACGGCAACUAAAGAGGAUUAAAUGUAACUCGGUCUUGAUGGGGAAAAGUUGAGCUGAGGAUUAACAACUUGGGAUAAACUGAAGAAAGGUUUCAAGUCUUACCUAUUGUACAAGGGCAUGCUAAAACCUCAGUGAUGGAGCCCACAGUUGUGAGUACGUCCACUCUGGCCCCCGAUGAGUUCGACAGGAACGUGCCGCGGAUCUGUGGCGUUUGUGGUGACAAAGCCACUGGCUUCCACUUCAACGCCAUGACCUGUGAGGGCUGCAAGGGUUUUUUCAGGCGCAGUAUGAAGCGCAAGGCCACCUUCACAUGUCCCUUUAACGGCAGUUGCACCAUCACCAAGGACAACAGGCGCCACUGCCAGGCAUGCCGGCUCAAACGCUGUGUGGACAUUGGCAUGAUGAAAGAGUUCAUUCUGACAGAUGAGGAAGUGCAGAGGAAGAAGGACCUGAUUCAACGAAGGAAGGAGGAGGAGGCGCAGCGCGAAGCAGAGAGGGAGGCACGGCGACCCCGGCUCACUGACGAGCAAAGUCAGGUCAUCGCCACACUGGUGGAGGCACACCACAAAACAUAUGACGACUCCUACUCUGACUUCUGCCGCUUCAGGCCUCCUGUGCGUGAGGGCCCAGUGACGCGUAGCGCUAGCAGAGCUGCCUCUCUCCACUCUCUGUCUGAUGCCUCAUCUGACUCGUUCAGUCACUCUCCAGAGUCAGUAGACACCAAAAUGAACUUAAACAACCUGCUGAUGAUGUACCAGGAGCAGGGCAGCAGCCCUGAUUCCAGUGAGGAGGAGGGCUCCAGCUUCUCCAUGCUGCCUCACCUAGCUGACCUGGUGUCCUAUAGCAUCCAGAAGGUCAUUGGAUUUGCCAAGAUGAUCCCUGGGUUCAGGGAGUUGACUGCAGAGGACCAGAUUGCCUUGCUCAAGUCCAGCGCCAUUGAAGUGAUCAUGCUGCGCUCAAAUCAGAGCUUCAACCUGGAAGACAUGUCCUGGAGCUGUGGUGCGCCUGACUUUAAAUACCAGAUCAGUGAUGUCACCAAAGCGGGCCACACUCUGGAGCUGUUGGAGCCACUGGUGAAGUUCCAGGUGGGCCUGAAGAAGCUCAGCCUGCACGAGGAGGAACAUGUGCUGCUGAUGGCCAUCUGCCUGCUUUCUCCAGACCGCCCAGGUGUGCAGGAUCACGCACGGAUCGAAGCCCUCCAAGACCGCCUUUCAGAGACCCUGCAGGCCUACAUCCAGCUUCACCACCCAGGAGGACGGCUGCUCUACGCCAAGAUGAUCCAGAAACUGGCCGACCUGCGCAGCCUCAAUGAGGAGCACUCCAAACAGUACCGCUCACUCUCCUUCCAGCCGGAGCACAGCAUGCAGCUCACCCCGCUGGUGUUGGAGGUGUUCGGCAGUGAAGUCUCCUAGAGGCCGCCUCUGAACCUCAGAGGUCCAGCGGAAGCUGGAGACGAGGCCCCUGGGGGUAAAAUGGAGGGAGAGAGCUGAGAAUGUGCCAGAUGAGCUAAAUGGAGGUGUGAAGUAAGAUGCGAGUAGAGGAGAGGAAAUGGUGUGCGUGUGUGCGCGUGUAUGUUUAUGUAUGUGUGUGUGUGUGUGUUGGGUAUGUGGUUUCAUGUGUGUCUUGUCUAAAGAAGUCUAUCUUGGUGUAAAGGCCAAGGUUGUAUGGAGAGCAAGCAGAUGCUAAAAGACACAGUAAACAAGGGAACUUCAUAUAAUACAGAUUAAACUAUACAUACAACUUCUGCCUAUAUACAGUGUUUUGUCUGUAUUUAAAUCAACAAACAGCUGCUUCAGAUGCCAGGACAUUUUGUGUGUGCACAUUGUCGUCCACACACCAACACAACAAACAUACUCAGUUAUUCAUCUAGCCAUUCAGUUGAGCUACCUCUUGGUUUUACUGGGGUUGUUUUAUAUUUAUAUUUACAUCACCUAUGUGAAACAGUAACUUUUACACAGAACAAUUUAGAUACCGUACAGAUGACAUUUCAGUUUAUUGGUGCAAAAGCAGUGCCUGCACAUUACUUUGACGUUUUUGGAUGUUUCAAAAAAUCCUGUAUUUUGUUUUUCAUCUGCUACUCUCAAAGGCAGCAAAUGUAUAUGACUGUGUAUACAAUUCAAACACAUGCCUUUCACCUUUCACCAAAGGUAUGGUCAACUACUUUCUCAAAAGCUUCCAGUACCUAAAAUAAUAACCUUGCUGCUCCAUGGGUCUUUCAUGCAUGCAGUCUUUCGACAUGCUAGCAAGUUGUCUGACUAGCCUCACAGCCUAUGAAGGAAAAUGUCAUUAUAUAGGUUUAUACUGCAGAGUAGAGAGCAUAGUCUGUAAUUUAGUCAGGUUUUGAUAGGAAUUUGGGGUGCUUGGUUUUGAGGUGAGAAUUAGCCACUAAAUGUGUUAGCUACUUUUACACUGCUAACUGUCAAUCAAACUAAGCCUGCAUUAAGGCUUGUUACUCUCUUUUGAAAUUGUUUUUCAUUAUUCUUCUCUUUUAUUUUAAUUGUUUAUUUUCCUGUAAAUAGUUAAUUGCUACCACAUGUAUCCUAAGCACUGUUAUACCACCUUUUACUCAAGCCUAUGUAUUGAUAUACGGCAUCUAUAUUAUCACAGAUUUUAAAGGGCUAAAAUGCCAAAUCUAACUGGAAUAGUAAAUCGAGGCCAAAGCAAGGGGCCUCUCUUGUUAAUAUAUAGCUGCAUACCUUACUUGGAAUUGGCAUAGAUACGGAUGUAAUUGCAAUGGUCUCUUUUGUGUUUUAUACGUUACUUCACCUUUAAAAACAAUUCCAUGAAUUGUUCCUCCUCAGUACACAGUGAGCUCGGUGGGUGGAGAGCUUGGGAAGCUGCUUCAGACCUCCACAGAUAUCACACCCCUUUCAUUUCUGACUGGGAAGUGGAUUUUCUAGAAUGUCUGAGGGCCUGGUUGUGGCGGUGGUGCGCACCUCUACACCCAGGCCCUCCUGUUUGAUGAUGUAUGCUGCGCAGCCCUCUAGUGGCUGAAUUAUGUAAAUACCAGGUAUAUAUAUCUAUAUAUAGAUAUGGAUAUAUAUCUAUAUAUAUAUAUAUGUAAUGUAUCUGUCGCUGUACAUAGGGCUACAUAUUUCUCAAGGCUAAUUUUUUCAGAAAUAUAUAUGCAAAUACAAUAUUGACCCUUUUUUGUUUUAGAUUCAUUAUUACAAUGUUCUGAGACACUAUGCUCUUUGUUUUGACUUUGAUAAUGUUUUUGGUAAGAAUGAGUUAAGAAUGGCUUCAACAGGGAUUGCUUGUGUAUUUGACUCAGUCAGAUUAUUAUUUGUGUAGCGGUGGGUUGAUGUAUUUGAAUAAUUUCCAAGGUUCAUUUUCCGAAAGAGGACGAGCUAAACCUACCGUGCUGCUCUCUAAUAUAAGCCAUAUAGAUCACAAAGCUAGUUAUACACCUGAUGCAUUACAGUACAUCAACAUGAUGACUCCAGAGCCUUGAUAUUCUCAUUAUAUAAUCUACUAAACUCAUGCUAUUUAUCUAUGGCUUUUGGAAGAUAAGCUUGUAUAUGAUAGGAACUCAUAUGCCUUUUCUCUGCUGUCAAUCAUCUUUGGCUUAUGCUUCAUCAGACAGCAUCUAAUGGCUUAUAAACCAAACUGCCAAGAGAAUUUAUUGCUUUAGAUUUAGAGGCCAGUAAUGUAUGGCUUGCCGCAUGUGGGAUUAUGGUGAAAGUAUAUGAGACGACGUGUCUUUUAUAUCAAGACAAUUCCCCAAAGAAGCGUUAAGUCUAAUCCCUGCCAAGUGCAAGUGAUUUCAUGAGGAGCAACUUGGCUUCAAGGAAAUCAUUUGCAGAGAUGACACUAAAGUCUCAAACAUUUCUUUUUGUCUUCUAUUUGCUGUGUGACAGAAGACAUCUGUUCAAACUGUUCCUGUGAUUGGCUGUAUGGGCUUCCUAUGUCAGACCUAGAGCUUCCUUCAUCUCAGCAGACCAGGGUUACUCUGUGACCAUAGAGGAAGAUGGUGAGAGAGAGAGAGAGAGAGAGCAUAUGUUUGUUGUUGAGCUCAACGUGUUUUCACAACUGCUUCGUGAGAAGUUGUGACAGUUGUUGCUUUAAUCUGUUCAGCCCACAUGGGUUUUUUUUUUUCUUUCUUUUUCUUUUCUUUUUUUUUUUGAAGUCCAUUCUCCGUCACUGUGGCUUUAUUCCAACUUUUCGCUAUCAGUCACUGUGACACUCUGCAAGCUGAGAGUCAGGGUUGAACACACAGAUGAUCUGCAUAGCUCAGAUGGUUAAUAUUUCUUGGAUGUUUCUAUAUUCACAAAAUUAUAACAAGUUUUGGUUUUCUUCCUGAAAAUCAUUGGGAUUAUAUUGUGUAUAUAUAUAAUUCCACAUGUCCCACAAAUUUCCCUGCUGUGAUUGAACUUUAAGGAGUUGAGGCUCGAGUGUCUUUAGGCAGUACCACUCAUAUGUAUAGUAUGUUAGUUUGAUGAGGGGUAUGAUGUGCUUGGUUACUGAACACUGACUUUUGAAGUUUUGAAAAGUCUCCAUGUUGAUUUUUCUCUGAUUACAUACUUCUGUAUGUAGCUAUUGGUUUGAUUUUGUUCUAUUUUCUUUUUGAGAUAGAGAUGCAGUGUUGAUUUGUGUAUGUUUAAUACAGUGGGAGGUUUGGUGAACAUGUAAGUGCCACGGGAAGAGGUCCCUCCACACAAGAACAGGGUAAAAGAGGAGUUCUCUUGGGGAUUUGAAAACCGAACAGGAAGAGUCUUGAGGAUGCAUCAUACAGCCGCUUAUUGAACAAGUAGUUUUUGGUCAGUACCACAUAGCGUCGGGGGAAUUCUGACUUCAGCUUUUGUCGUGAGAAGGGAACCCCCUGUUUCCCUUUUAUGACUGAAUAUGUGAUUAAAUGUUGUUUUUGGGACCUUUUUCCCCAUUUAAUAACCCACACCAAUGUACUGUGCACAAUGUGCAAAUGCAGUUAAUCUAAAUAUGAUGCAUCCCCAGAGUUUCCUAUUUGGUUUCACCAUGGUAGGCUGCUCAGAAUCCGUAAGUUUAAACUCUGCAUCGUGGUUGUUAAAAUACUGGAACUUGAAAACCAUACGUCAGUGGAAAUCUACACUACAAAUUAGAUGGAUCCAUCUUUGUUGAGAUUUCCUCAAGAUUGGCAACAUAACACAGUAACAAUGCCUGCAAUAUACAACUCAUGGUACACUAUCACCAGCAAGCUUUACAGUUUAUCAUGUUAGUAGACAUUUUUGAAGUUUUUUGUAUAACUGUUGCCAUUACAAAUCCUGUCUGUAAAACAUGUAUAUCAUUCAUAGAAAACAGUUGGCCAUCUCCCAUGCAAAGGCUUUCAAGUCUUUAUUAUUUUUUAUUAUUAUUAUUUUUGUUCCUCCCAUUAGGACAGGGAUUGUAAUGGAAUCAACUUAAUGUAGUUCUUACAAAAUGGAUGUCCACAAUGGAUGUACACCAUAAUCUACCUAAAAAACCUACCUCUCUUAGCUCAGAUUUUUUUCAGCAUUAAGCAUUUGCCUCUGUUUUUACUUUUGUAAUAUUUGUAUUCAUGUUGGUAUUUAUUGCUGUCUAAUGAGUCAUACUUCAAUGAUUACCUCAGAGAUAUCUCACAGAUUUGGGAGAGUCCAGCUAAUGAAGUCAUUCAUAGUUUUUUUUUUUUUUGUUUUGGUUUUUUUGGGGGGUUUUUUUGUACAGUUUUUUUCUUUCUCAGACUUUGCAUUGCCUAUUUUUUUUUUUUUUUUUUUUUUUUUUUUUUUUUUUUUUUAACGCACAAAAUACCAGGAGUGUUUUUUAAUAUAGUGCCUGCACUCUGACCAACGGGGCUCAGACUGGCUAGGAUGAGGCUGCAUUUACUCCAGAAGAGACAUCCUCCUCUGCAUCUUUGUCCUUUUGCUCUGUCCUUGGGAUAUCUAUGUAGUUUUCAGCAACAGACACAAUUAAUCUUGUUGCCACGUUGCUGAUAUCUACCUUUUAUGUUUAUAGUUUUUAAGGGCAAACUGAACAGGAGAGCUUUGUGGAGUGAAUGCAGCUGUGUGUAGAAGGAACAACCUGAAAGACUUUGUGGCAGUAGGAGAAAUGAGAGGUAUGUUUGCGCUCCACUUGGUACUGUUAGCAUGGUCUUUGCUCUGUAGUACACCAUCCUUACCUUGUCUCUCUUAUUUGCCCCGUCAUUUCCUCCAUACCCUCUCCGUGUCUUCACCUCUCCUUCUGUCCUAAAGUCUUCUCCCGCACCUUCAUCAUUCCCUGCCAAUGUUUGGUCAAACGAGGGGAAUUGGGAGGGGUGAAAAUCCUCAGUAUCCAUGCAAUGCUGCUUUUAUCUCAAGUAUCACCAAGUCGUGUGUUAUUGACACUACAUAAUGCAGGCAUCAUCCAAAGUGUCGGCCCCCAGUGGCGCGACAAGCCUCAUUGGAAGAUUGUGUCUUUUGAAACGUACGCAACUUAGUGGUGCUUAUUUGGGGGAAAAAAAACAAAACAAAUUCCAUUCAGAUCCGAGUAUCAUGUUAACGGAGCAACUACUCACUUUGGUGAAUUUAAACCAAGUUUUUUUUGUAUUCAUGUCAAACUGCUUCAGGUAAACACUGAAUGAAAUUAGAGAGUUUUAUUGAUCAGUCAAUACUGAGGAACAAUGUCGCCAUGGUCACAUCUACCCUGAGCUGUGUGCCAUAACAUGACCUUUUUGAUGCAGGGGAGGGUGUUAAUGAAGCUGGCUUCAGAUGUUCCCCAGCUUAAUUUGAAUGGGAAGGUUGUCUGAGUGUUAGAUUGGCUUCUGACUUAGUACUCUGUCAGCCACGUUUAUUGAUCUUUUAUAAGGAAUAAAAUCUGAAUUUGGCAUUGAAUUCUAACCCUGCAUUGUGAACCCAAAUCAUGCCACAUUCAAUUAAAAUGCCUGAACCAACAAAAGCACUUAAUGUAAUGUUUGUAACACAUGCAUACUGAUGAAUCUACUAGCCAUAAACUGCCUGUGUAGGUCAGCAUGAUAUGGCUGCAAUUAUUAUUAUUAUUAUAAGUCACCUAAAUUCUAAUGUAAUUGCAAUUUAUCUUUUGUCUCAUUUUUUUUCAAAGAUCUUCUUUUUUCUAUUAUAAAUUGGUGUUUAUGUAAUGUUAUUUUUGUCAGAUGUUUUGCAAAUCAAAAAUAAACAGUUGUACAUAG